GAAGUGUCAAAUUAUAGAGUUGGAAAAUCGAAAUUUGUAAUGUAAAUAAAAAAAUGUAAAACUCCGUUAAAAGUAUGUAAUAGUGUUCUGUGUUGUAAAUCUUCAUUAUAUAAUAUAAUAACCUAGGAUUUUGAUGGAGCCCAAAACUGAUAUAAUUUACUAAAAAUAUUUUGUCUAGUAGAAAAGUUAUAUAGUUAUUAGUCUUGUUUGAAUUUUUCGAUCUAGUCAGCUCGUCUGAUACUUGUAUACAAUGAAAAAGAAUUUUAUAACUAAAUUUUUGAUAAGAAUAUAGUAAUGGGGUGCUUCCAUAGUAAAAAAGAGGUUUCCGAUUUACAUCCAAAUCUUUUUCGUGUGAUAAAUAUUGAUGAGAAUAAAGUAGACCUUUGUUCAGGUCAGUUAGAGAUCACAGAGUCAGAUAUAAUACUAUACAGAGAGGGCAGAGACUCUACUGUUUGGCCUCUUCAUUCUUUACGAAGAUAUGGAUUUGAAAGGGAUAUAUUCAGUUUUGAGUCAGGUUAGUUUCUAUAUUAUUUAUUACAAUCUAUUAUUUUUAUUUACUCUUUUAAUGUGAUGAUUAAGUUUGCUAUGUAAGAAUCUGCCAUCUUAUAUUUUAUAAAACAAUGUGAAAUAACCAUCUUUAACAUAUACAUUGAUAUAAUUAAUGAAAUUAAUAAAUGAAUAAUACAGUUAAAACCAUUUACGAUGACAUUGUUUGGAACAACAUACUGGUUACAUUGACCAAAUCAUAGUUCCCGGCUGAAUGCUAUAUAAUCGCCGUGUAGAAAACACUGCUUUUUGUGACAUUGUUCAACAUACCUCAAUUACAUACAAUUAAUAUUUUUGGAGAAUUGUAUCUGUUAGAAAGAUUAGACGUAUUGUAUAAAAUGUUCAAUGACUAUUAAAAAAUGUGUUCAGUUUAGGGUCUUUUGUAAUUCUCAGAAAUAAAAUACAUGUGCAAGCAGUAUAAUUAAAGCCUUCUGUCAUCUAUUCAGUCAGUUUGUUACUUAUCUGUACAUAAGACACACCAAAGCAUAUUGUUGAGUUUAUUGUAAAACGUUUAACAUGUCCCAAUGAAAAGGAAAAUAAAUAAUAGUUUAAAAACACACUUUUGUAUAUAACCGAACUAAAAAGUAGAAAAUAAUUUUCAAUAAGUUUAAAAUAAGAAAAUAGUGAUUAACAUAAAAAAUUAAUUUUAUUAUAAAAAAGGGUGGGUGGGUUUUUUUUGGAAUUAAUUUCUUUUACGCAGCUUACUGUAGAUUGAACUGGCAGAAAUUGUAGUUGUUUUAUGAAUUAUUUGCAAAUCAUGAGGAUAAUGGAACAAACUAUUUAAAUUAUUGCACUGUCAUCAGUCCUUGAUGAGUGUGUGAAGUUUCAAAUCAAUCCAUUGUUUUGAAGGUGAAGAAAAUCACAUUCAAAAAUUCCAUUACAUAGAUUCAUACCAAGCUUAAGCUUAAAUCUUAACAAAUCAAUAUCAAAGAAAAAUUGCAUAUUAUAUCAAAGCUAGAGAGUGGAAUUCCAAACAAAGGCUUGGCAAAGAAAUAUGGUGUAACACACUCGACAGUUUCAACCAUUUAGAAAGAGAGAGAAAUAAUUCAAAGAACAAAGUGUAUGUAAAUUGAGGAAGCUUUGUUAAAGUGGUUUAGGUGGUCUAUGGCCAACGGUCGAAUGGUUAACACGUACUUGUGAGUGCUUUUCGGUAUUUGGUUAAUUCUCCUUAAUUUCCUUAUUUUGUGGUGGUGGAUUCCUCUGCUGUAAGUCUACGUUUAUAAGUUAUAGUUAUUUCGAACAUUAAACCCAAUUAUGGGUGACGAAACGGGGUCUCCUCGUGAGAAACCCCCUGACCCUCCCGAUGAAGACAUGUGCUUUGGAGUAAGUGACAAUAAUGAUUGUGGCCGUGGUAAAAAAAGACACGCUGAGACUCGAUCAUUUGAUCCAGUAAUAUAUAAAAAGAAUUCUGUAAUUGAUUUAACAGCGUCAAUAAACACAAUAUAUAAACAUCCCUGCCUAGAACAAAAUCUUAGAAUGUAUGGUCCAAACGACCAAGGCCCUUUUAUUGUCCACAUCUCCCGGGCUACGUCAGAUCCUAGAAUAGGGCUAUCACUUCGACCAAUUAAAAUAGGUUUAUGCUUGUCUAAAAAUAAAAUAGAAAACAUCAAAAGAGGGGGAGUCAAAAGCGUUGGCAGAAAUCGCAUCUCUAUUGAAUUCUGCUCAGCCGAUGAGGCUAAUAAAUUUCUCAAUAAUCCAAUGCUUGCAAAAGAAAAAUUGAUUGCAACUAUUCCAUCCUAUAAUGUUUCACGAAUGGGUGUCAUCCGCGGUAUCCCUGUGGAUUGGUCAAUGGAAGAACUAGCAGAAGCUGUUGAGCUUCCUCCUGGUUGUGGUAAAAUCCUAAAAGCUCGCCGUCUUCAGAGAAAGACUUUUGCUGAAGGGUCAACAUCCCCAAUAUGGGUUCCCACUCAAUCUAUUGUUCUGACAUUUGAAGGUCAGUUACUCCCCAAAUAUAUAUAUGCAUUUUACACAUCCCUUGCUGUUGAAACUUAUCAACUCCCCUCCAUCCAGUGCAAACACUGUUGUCGAUUUGGCCACAUAGCAGAUCAAUGCCGUUCUAAACCACGCUGCUUCCGUUGUGCCCAAGAGCAUACUGGAGCAAGUUGUUCUGUUCCUGAAAGUGAAGCCACUUGUCUGUUAUGCUCCAAAAAUCAUUUUGCUAAUAACAAAAACUGUCCGGAACACCAAAGGCAGAUUUCUAUCAAAGUUAUGAUGUCAGAACAAAAUAUAUCCUAUAUAGAAGCUUCAGCCAAAAUCCCAUCUAUCCGAUUGAACAAUCCUCAAAAACCGUAUUCCGAAGUGGCCUCUACUCAGCUUUCACCUACUCCUACUACUUCCUUCAACCUCCCCACCAUGUCACAGGCAUAUAGAAAAACCAUCUUCAAACCUCCCCGCCCCAUACCUAGAAUUCCCAUGGGGUAUGACCAACAAGCUCAUCAAAGAAUAGUUGCAGACUGCCCAUCCUCUACUCCAAAUGGAUGCGCUUUAUCCAACACGCACAACCAAAUAUCUCCAAAUGAAAAUCUUGUUGAAUGCCUAAUUUCCCUCCUCAAUAAUUUAAUUUUGAAAAUGUCAGAUUCACUACCGAACAACGUUGCAGAAAAAAUCUUUAAUUUAGCUAGUUUAAUAGAUAAUAUAAAUGACUCAAACAAAAGACCUCCAUCUCCUUCAAUGGAACUGUAGAAGCUUGCAACCUAAAAAAUCUGAACUCAUCUUCCUAAUAAAUAAACAUUCAAUUUCUGUUGCUUCAAUUUCAGAAACAUGGUUCCUACCUAACUCCAAAUUUCGCUUGCAAGGCUUUACUUGCCUCCGUGAAGAUAGAAAUGAUGGUUAUGGUGGUUGUUGCUUACUCAUAAAAAAAUCCCUAUCCUUCUCUCAAAUUGCACUCCCUCCUCAUAGCCAACACAUUAAUGCCGUAGCUGCAAAAAUUGCAGGAAUCAACAUUAUUUCAAUAUAUAUCCCUCAUCCAAAUACCCACUUAAUUCAAGAACUAUCCUCUCUCUUCUCUUUGUUACCUCCCCCUUUUAUUAUUACCGGUGAUUUUAAUUCACAUCAUGUAUCUUGGGGGUCACAUUUUUGUGACAUAUACUCUUCAGAACUUAUACAAAUUUUUGAAGACAUUAAUGCUUGCAUUAUCAACAAUGGUUCCCCCACUCAUAGAGUAUACCCAGGACUAGACCCUAGGUCUGCUGUCGACCUAACAGCUUGUUCUCCUAGUCUAGCCCCUCAGCUUUCUUGGAAAACCCUCAAUCAAUCAUAUGGAAGUGAUCACUUUCCCAUUCUUAUUACCAAACCCAAUGCGGUUAUUCCUUUACCCUUUACUAUGCCCCUCCUUAAAUAUAAGCUACAAGACGCAGAUUGGACUAAUUUCACUAAAUUUUUAGAUACUAAAUUUGCGCAAAUGCAGGUUGACUUCUCAACCAACCCAAUAACUUCGUACUCUCUAUUGGUACAAUAUAUAACUGAAGCAGCUGACUUAUUUAUCCCAUCCAAAAAACCCCACAGCAAGAACCUAUCCUCCCCUCCAUGGUGGGAUGCUAAGUGCACCACUAUGAUUAAAAGGAGAAAAGCUGCAGAAAAGCUUUAUAAUCACUGUAUGACAACCGAUAAUUUUAUACAAUUUCAAAAAACCUCCGCUCAAACAAGGAGACUACUUUCC